UUGAGUAACUAUUUUUAAGCGUGAAUGUUGAAGAUGGGAAAGACGCAAAACAUGUUUUAAAAAUGACAGAAAAUGACGCUUGUUUAACGAGACGCAGUGAACGCAGCACGAAACCAUAUUUUCACAUCUUAAAUUUUCACUAGUUCGCUUUUUUUUUCUCAAGUAUUGAUUACUGUUACUAUGCAAAUGUUAUUACCUAUUCCACGCAAGUGCAUCUGCGGCAAUCAAUAGUUUCCCUCUUCUAGGAGAGGGAAAUAAAAGCGACAAACUAUUGGAAUCGAUAAGUAAACAAUGGAACACAGUUAUUCACGGGACGUUCGCCCAAUGGAAAGUAGCCAGACGGCCACGACGCGGACGCUGAUGGUGCAUAGACCACCACAGUGUCCCUCGUGCCACACACACUCACAUGAUGAACGAAUUGACCUUGAGGAAUCGUAUAAUCCACCGAUUCCAUCAUACAAUGAAGAGAACGCGAAAGCCGCAAUGCUGGAAAGCGAGAAUAUCACCAAAUUGGUUCGAAAUCUGAAUUCGGAAGAUGUUGACUGGGAGGAUAAAAUCAACAAGAUUGGUUGGUCUGUUCAGCAAAUACGCCUGUUUAGUAAAGUCACUAAACUGUUGGAUAUGGAUCGAUUGGCAAGAUUGACGAUUGCAGAUAAACAGCACGAACCGGUGCAUCGUCGAAUGGUCAUUGACAAAUCUGUCGGUCGCCUACGCCAGGCUUUGGCUAGUGUUUCUUGGGAUCCACGUCUUACCCAGUGGCUUCACGGACUGUUGAUGGAGAGUCUACCGCCGAGUUAUCUAUCUUCUUAUGUCGACAUUCUGCAAACACUAAAAUCCAAACUACCUAAUUUGGUGGAUAAAAUGAUCUUCGGGAGACCAUUGAACAUCAAUCAGGAGCUACUGGGACCGGUUCUGAAAAAGCCAUGGGAACCAAUAGUGGCUCACAAAAACAGGAAACUUCCCGGUCAACCGUUUAUAGUUGUUGUUCCUUCGGGGCCCAACAUGACGACACCGAGUACACGCUUACAAAAGUGGUACUCGUUGUUUGCUACCAUGGCGUCGGUCAUCCCAAUCACAAUGCCACCACAGGGGGCCGUAAUGGCAAAGCACAGCGUCCAGAAUGUGGCCGAUCAAAUGGUUGCAGUAACGCGGAAUAAAAUCCAAGAUGUCCGCCAGGAAGCACCGAACCGACCGAUCAUUUUGGUUGGUUUUAAUGCUGGAGCGGCAUUGUCAAUUCAAAUCGGUCUUGUAGAGACGGUUAGUUGCAUUGUUUGUUUGGGAUUUGCAUAUAAUACAGUUAAUGGUCCCAGAGGUUCUCCAGACGAUCACAUCACGGAUAUUACAGCGCCGGUGCUGUUUGUGAUUGGGCAGGUCUCGGCUAGAACCAGCCAAGAAGAGAUUGAGUUUCUGCGAGAAAAAAUGAUCGCACAGACAUCUCUCGUCGUUGUUGGAUCAGCCGAUGAUUGCUUGCGAGUGUGCAAAUCAAAACGCAAAAUUGAAGGUGUAACGCAAUCGAUGGUGGACAACAUGGUUAUGGACGAAGUGGCCGAGUUUGCGACCAAUUGCUUGUUGGAUCCACCGCGUCCUAAGCAAACAAUCAAAGAUCCAAAUGGACAAAAAACCAACUUGCUUUUGUCUAACAAUAGCACCAAUUUGGCAGCCACUGGAGGACCUGCUGUUGCUGCACAGGCGCUCACUCAAAAUGUUUCCGGUAGCGGAAUACCAUCGAUUCAUCGUAAGCGCAAGUUGAGCCAAUCGGAAGAACAGCCUGACACAUCAAAAGCAGCCAAAGCCAACAAGCAACAAAUUAAAAAAAUAACCAAACCAACGAAACAAACACGAGCGGAAAAAUUACUGUUGCAGCAAAACCAGCAGGCCAUUGAUGCGGCAGUUCAAAGUAUUCUUCCCGACACCGAUAAGGCUACGGAGCUAAAUGCUAAGAGGACGGCAUCUUUACUAACCAACUAUCAAAUUUCUUCGGCUGGUGGUAACAAUCUGGAGAUUCGUAGCACUUCGACACCGCAGUUGGUGUCAGGUUUAGCUAGUUCUCCAAUAGUACUACCUAUAAUUAAACGAGAAGGGUCAACGCCACAAAAUUCUACAUCUCCCGCAACAACUUCCAACAUAAAAGUAAUUCCUGCCAACCAAUUUAUCCAAUUGAAACCGUCAGGAUCCACACAGAAAUUCUUUACUCUAAAAUCGUCACCGAAACCGGUUGUGUCUGUUACUUCUAAACCAGCUGUAACUGUCCCGAGCCCGCUAGCAAUUACACCUGUUUCGCAGGCAUCACCUCAACAACAGCAAUCUUUCAGUCCAACCAAAUUUACUAUUGUGCGUAGUACCGCGGGGAUUACCAAAACUCCUACACCUGCUUCGAGUUCUUUCUUCAAGACUACCAAGUCUCCUCCCACGCCCGAUCUAUCGAACACCAAUAUUUUUGAUAUACCCAUUGUAUUUGCCGAUAACGAAGGAAACAUUCAGGAUGGAUCACCGCAAAAGUCCAUCGAGAUGCCUAGAACUUCGACAAAUAUUGUAACGAUUUCACCAGCAAUUACUUCAGCACAAACGUUUAAAACUGAUCAAAUGAAUCGAAUCAUUACCCUUCAACCGUCGAUAAAACCCAAUAAGGUUGUGGUCAUCAAUAAAAGUAACAUCAAACAAGUACCAGCUAACAUUCUUUCUACGGUCGCUGCCGCCAAACCGGCGAACUCAACACCAACCGGAGUCAAAUAUGCUAAAGUGGUACUGUCGAACCCUCUGAACAAGACAGUCUCACCGACAAUGUCUACUACGGCUUCGAAGAAUAUAUCUCAAAUGAUAUCCGGUGGAAAAGUUGAAAUUUUGAAUAACACCGUAGUAAAAUCGCCUGCUGUGCCAUCCAGUUCCGGACUGCAUCAGCAGCCCAAGUUUCAGCCGAUAAUUAUCAAUGUAGAUCCCAGCAAAACGACAACCGUGAAAAAUUUUGUUCGUGUCGGAGAAACGCAAAUUCGUCCCAUCGGUACAAGUGCGACUGUUUCCUCGUUAACUGCUUCACCGGCAACAGUAACGCUCCAGGGUACUACUACCACUACCAAUUCGCCGCAUCUCGCGCCGGGAAUUCCAGGUACAAACACCAUCUUGAUCAAGACGAACUCAUUGUCUCAGCUGACCAGCAGGAAACCAGCCAUUCUCAAUCGGAACAUAACCGUUCGAAAAGUAAAUAUUGUACCGCAACAACAUCUUGGUUCGGUUGCACCCACUGUGCUGUCAUCAACUGCAACGAUAGGCUCUUUGCAACAACACCAGCAGUACCAGAAGCCUAAGGCGCCAUAAGCUUUAGAAGUUUAUGUGUAUAAAUCGUAUUUAGUUAAUUUACAAUAAAUACCUAUGGACGGUAACAUGUCGGAAGAUA